AUGUUUGGCCGGCUGUUCAAGAAGAAGGACCCGAAUGAACCAACGGUUCACAAAGUGAAGCUUCCUGACCAACCGAGCGCGAUGUACUUUGACAAGGAAAAGGGCCGCUGGCGCGAGCGCGGAAAGGAGCAUCUGGAGGAGGAAGAGACAGCGCUGGCUCCACCCCCGUCCAUGGGCUCUACCCCGAAGCCAGAGAAGAAGGAAGAGGAGAAGAAAGAGACGUCUGUGUUGGACUCGAUGAUUGCGCCCCCAAACCCGUAUGGCAAUCGCUUCGGCCGCAAGAACACGGCACCUGCCUCCGUGAUGCGGCCAAUGCCCAUGCCCUUGCCAGCCGUGCAGGGCCCAUUUGGCGAGCCUCCGCCGGCCGCGACACCGGCCGAGGAAGGUGCUGAGCCGAAGCCUGAAGAGGAGGAGGAAAAGACCAGCACCGAGGCACCGCCACCGGCUGCGCUGAAUUCACAGGGGUUUGGAGCGCCUGUUUCCGCUCCAAUCAACCCGUUCGCACCCAGAUCGGUGACUGGAGGAGGCGUCAACCCGCAUGCGCCCAAAGGCUUCAGGGAGAGCGCGCGGCGCCAGGAGAAGUCCAAGGAGAAGAAGCAGCCCCCAGCCAGGGUGGCGGCGCGGGCUUCGCCCUUCGCCACGUCGCCUUUCGGCCAAGCGUCGUCAUCGUCAGCCCCGGCUCCCAUCGCAGAUCCUGAGGGUGCAGAUCCCGAGGGAGCUGGAGAGGGCAAACCUCCGGCUCUGGGAGAGCAAGGUGAAGAAGAUCAUGCACCACCACCAGCAGUGCCACCGUCGCCGUUGCGUUCGAGCCUCCCUGCCUACUCACCGUGCAUCCAGCCGCAGAUCCCCCGAGGCUACGGCGGGCGCGAGGAGGAGCUUCCGGAGUCCGCUAGCCCCGAGGAGCCCGCGGAGCCCCAGCUGCCCUCCGAGGAGCCGGCGGAACCGCCGCUGACGGUCGAGGAGCCGGCGGAACGAGAGAAAACGACCGAGGAGCCGGCGGAACCGCAGAUGACGGAUGAGGAUGCCGCGGCGCUGGCCUCCAUGAUGGCCGAGGAGCCCAAGCUACCGGAGGUGGAGGAUGCCGCGGCGCUGGAUUCCAUGAUGGCCGAGGAGCCCAAGCUACCGGAGGUGGUGGAGGAGUUGCAAACCUCCACCCAGCCUGAGAUGGUGGAGGAGUUGCAAACCUCCACCCAGCCUGAGAUGGUGGAGGAGCCGCCUCAGAUGUCCGAUGAUGGCUGGGGCGAUGACUUCGGCUUCGAUGAUGACGUCCUCUCCCCCAAGCCCGCCAAGCAGGAGUUCGAGGAGCCAGGAACGGUCGACGAGUUCGCGGAGCCAGAGGUCGUCGAGGCGCCCAAGCAAUCAGAGGUGGCGGAGGAGGACUUUGUUGAGCCAGAGGUGGCGUCCCAGCCGGAGGCGUCACAGGAGGAGGACUCCGCUGAGCCAGGGACUGCUUUCAAGGAGCCUGAGGUGGUCGAGGAGGAGGCCCUGGGAGAGCCAGAGACCGUCGAGGUCCCCAAGCCAGAGGCAACGGAGGCAGUGGAGGAGGACUUCUGGGCCGAACUCAAGCAGCCAGAGGUGGCCAAGGAGGACGUGGUAGAGCCAGAGGCCGUCGAGGCGGCGGAGGCAACGGCGGAGGACUUUGCUGAGCCAGAGGCUGCUUUCAACGAGCCAGAGGUGGCCGAGGAGGAUGUGGGAGAGCCAGAAGCCGUCGAGGUGUCCAAGCCAGAGGCAACGGAGGCAGCGGAGGAGGACUUCUGGGCCGCACUGAAGCAGCCAGAGGUGGCCAAAGAGGACGCGGGAGAGCCAGAGGCCAUUGAGGCAGAGGCAACGCAGGCUGAAAAGGCAGCGGAGGAGGACUUUGCUGAGCCAGAGGCUGCUUUCAACGAGCCAGAGGUGGCCGAGGAGGAUGUGGGAGAGCCAGAAGCCGUCGAGGUGUCCAAGCCAGAGGCAACGGAGGCAGCGGAGGAGGACUUCUGGGCCGCACUGAAGCAGCCAGAGGUGGCCAAAGAGGACGCGGGAGAGCCAGAGGCCAUUGAGGCAGAGGCAGCGGCAGCGGCAGCGCAGGCAGCGGAGGAGGACUUUGCUGAGCCAGAGGCUGCGUUCAACGAGCCAGAGGUGGCCGAGGAGGACGUGGGAGAACCGGAAGCCGUCGAGGCGCCCAAGCCAGAGGCAACGGAGGCAGUGGAGGAGGACUUCUGGGCCGCAAUCAAGGAGCCAGACGUUGUCAAGGAGGACGUGGGAGAGCCAGAUUCCGUCGAGGUGUUCAAGCAGGCAUUCAAGCAGGCAGAGGCCGCGGAGGACUUCGCCGAGCCCAAGGCGGCAGCGGCACCCGCGCAGCCAGAGAUGGCGCAGGCUUCGUCAAAACAGCCGGAGGUGGUGGAGGCAAGGGUUCAGGAGCUCCUCGCCAAGCUGGAGCAGGCCGAAGCGCGAGCCGAUGGCGCUGAGGCCCAGCUCGAAGAUGCUCGUGGCAAAUUGCAGGAGGCCGAAGCGCGUGCAGAUGGCGCCCAGGCCCAACUCGAAGACGUUCGCGGAAAACUGCAAGAGGCCGAAGUGCGUGCAGAUGGCGCCGAGGCCCGGCUUGAAGAUGUCCGUGGCAAACUGCAGGAGGCCGAAGUGCGUGCAGAUGGCGCCGAGGCCCAGCUUGAAGAUGUUCGUGGAAAAUUGCAGGAGGCCGAAGCGCGUGCAGAUGGCGCCCAGGCCCAGCUCGAAGACGUUCGUGGGAAACUGCACGAGGCUGAUGCUCGUGCAGAUGGCGCUGAGGCAAAAGCUGCCGCUGCAGUGGCAGCUGCAAAGGCCGAGGCGCCAGCAAACGUCACUGAGGUGCGGCUCGCCGACUUGGAGGACACGCCCGAAGCGGCCAUGGCCUUUGCCACCCAAGUCGGCAACAGCUGCGAAGGCAGCCACAUCGAUUCGCUUGUCAGUCUCAUGGAGAAGCACGUCUCCAACCUUGCUGUUUGCUCCCAGGUCUGUAGCGCCCUGGAGAAUCUCACCUUCACUGAUGAGGACCACAUGCUGAGAGUCGUAGACCUCGGCGGUGUGGAGUUGAUCCUGAAAGCAUUCAAUGUCCAAAUGCGCGAUGCACAGGUGAUAUUCGAGGUGUUGCUGGGGAUAAACGAGUAA